UAGAAUUUAAUAGUACCGUACCAUACCUUCUUUUCUGUAUUCAUGUUUUGUUCAAUGAAAAGUGCAAGAAACAAGGCCAAAAUGCAACAGCUAAGUUAGGCAGAGUGUGCAAAAGAAGAGCCAUUAAGAGUACUUGCUGCAACCAACCCAGAAAAUGUCACAGGCAGCGUCUACCACGCAGAGUGCAGCUGCUGCACCGGUGGGGGGCGGCAGUCGACGGCUGCCCAGCGAUGGCGUGGGAGGCGCUGGCGUCAUGGGGACCACCAUGUCGGCGCGAUUCGGUGAAACCGAAUGGGAGGCUCGAGAGUCGCAACGCCAACGCGAACUGCAUGAGGCGCGUGCCAGGGCGGCGCAGAUGGAGAAGACCAUGAAGUGGUGGUCCGAUUGCACUGCCAACUGGCGCGAGAAAUGGAGUAAGGUGCGCAACGAGCGGAACAAGGCACGGGAGGAGUCCAAGCAGUUGAGCGUUAAACUGGACGUCGCCAUGAAGGAGGCACAUUCGCUGAAGCGCGAGAAGAAUGAUCUCGAGGUGCAGAUCACGCAGCUGAAGAAGGAAAUGGAGAAGGUGCACACGCUGAUGAUGAAGCAUGCCGGCCAGUUCCAUCGCUCCGACACCAACGAGGAUGCCGAGGCCAAUGGACGCGAUGCCAACUGCUCGCCGGACAUCUCCGCGGAUGGCCUGAAGAAUAUCAACAGCGAGGAUGGCUUGGUCACCAAAUUGACCAACGAUGUCAAGGAUCUGGACAUUGAGGAGUUCGCCAUGAAGGGCGCCAUGCCCAAGCAUUUGACGGACCUGGACGAGGCCGCGGCCGCCGAGGAGAAGCGUCUGAUACAGCAGCUGUCGAAGGAUGACUUUGACGAGGACUAUUUGCUGCAAAAGAUAUCCAUGCUGCAGUUGCGCCUCGAUGAAGCGCAGAAAACUCUGCAGGCCGAAAGGGAUGAGAAGCACGAACUCCACAAGAGCAUUGAGAAGCUGACGCUGGAGAUACAGGAUGUGCGCGGCCGCCAUGAGGAGAUGCGCUCAGCCAAGCAGGAGGCGGUGCGCGAGCUCUUGACACUGCAGGAGCAGCAUCGGGCAGAGAUGCGCAUCGUGAACAACUCGCUGCAGGAGGAGAUUGCCGCACGCGAGAAUCUGGAGCGCCGUCUCACGGAACUGCGAACCGAACUGGAGCAUCUGCAGGCGGAAAACGCCUCCGAGUGGGGCAAGCGAGAGCGCCUGGAGUCUGAGAAGUUGGCGCUGGAGCGCGACAACAAAAAGUUGCGCGCCGAACUGCGUGACUAUCAGGAGCGUUCGGAUCGCAAGUGCCGGCCCAUGCAGGCCAACGAUGUGGAGCUGCGCGCCCUGCAGCAGGAGCUGUCGGAGCGCAACAAGGAGAUCAGCGAGGUGAAAAUGUCGCAUGCCAAGCUGAAGAAACUGCUGGCCGAGACGAACACAGAGCUGAGCCACGCAGUGCGUCGGGCAGAGCAAUACGAGGCAGAGGUCAAGCGCCUACGCCAGCGUGUGGAGGAGCUAAAGCGGGAGCUUGCGGGCGCCGAGGAUGAACUGGACUCGGCGGUGAAUCAGGUGCGGCGUCUGCAGCGCUCCAACGAUGAACUAGUGGGCCAGACGGAGGGCUUUCAGGUGCAAAUCCAACAUCUACAAAACAGACGAGCCCCCAGUCCGCAGCUGCGCGGCAUGGGUGGCGUUCAGUUGAGAAACAAAAUAGCCGUAGAGCUGCCCAACGAUUGUCUGCCGAAUAUCAAUGAUCUGCGCCAGAUCUUUGAUGAUUCGCAGGCGGGAAUGCGCAGCUCCCACAAUGGCAGCGAUGCGGCUGUGCAUCAUGCGGCCUCUGUGAAGCGUUCCAGUCACACGGAGCGAACGCUGCUGCAGCAGCAGCAGAGCAGUGCAGCUGCCUCGGCAGCUGCUGCGGCAGCGGCAGCAGCGGCCUUCUACGAUGCCAAGCCCACGCAUCUGGAGGAGAACAUCUUCGAGUCAAAGUCGCGGAAUCUGGAGUUUGAGCGGGCCAAGCAGAAGUUCGACAAUCCCCAUGGCUCGCACCACCACCACCACCAGAGGCAGCGGUCGGGCAACGGACAUGGCCGAUACGGCAGUGCCGGGAGCAGCAGCAACUGCAGCAGCGCCAAUCGCUCGAAUCUCGUGCUGCCCCUCAAGUGCAUGACCAAUGGGGGCAAUCCAUCGAUGGCGUCCAGCAAGGACGAGAUGAACAGGCAGCUGUACGAGGCGCACGAGAAGGAGCAGGCCUAUGCCAGGAACAGCAUCAAUCUGGAUGGUCUCAAGGUAUCCGACGAUGAGGUGAGCCGCUCGGAACCCAGUUCUCAUCUUCGCAUCUUUUACUAACUAUUUUCAUUUGCGGUAUUAUUUUGACUCCGUAGCUAUGGUUCGACAAGCUUACUGCUGGACGAUGAGACCGAAGGCAAUAGCGAUUGAG